CAGCAGUCUCCACCACCACCAGAGCAUCAUCAUGAAGCGAACGUUGUGCCUCGCUCUAACCGCAACCGUGAUCCUCUUCUGCCAGGCCCAGCAGGAGAACGUCCCGGAAGCGUUCACCGAGAACGAAAUCGUUCCGGACGUCGUGCCAGUGGCACCACCUGCCCUGGUGAAAGUAUCCUACCCAUCGUCGGGCAAGCAGGUCAGCCUAGGCAAUGAACUCACACCGACGCAGGUCAAAGAUCAACCGACCGUCAGCUGGGACGCGGAACCGGGUGCGAUGUACACGCUGAUCAUGACCGACCCGGAUGCACCGUCCCGUGCGAAUCCGAAAAUGCGCGAGUGGAAGCACUGGGUCGUGAUCAAUGUGCCCGGAUCGGAUGUGGCCUCGGGGGAAACGGUAGCCGAGUAUGUCAGUUCGGCUCCGCCGCAAAAGUCCGGCCUGCAUCGGUACAUUUUCCUGGUCUACAAGCAGUCCGGCAAGGUGCAGUUUGAUGAACCGAAGCUGAGCAACCGCAAUCCGAACCGUGGAAAGUUCCGUGCCGCCGAAUUUGCCGAAAAGUACCAGCUCGGUUCCCCGAUAGCUGGCAACUUCUACCAGGCCCAGUACGACGACUACGUUCCACAGGUGUAUGCCAGCCUCACGGAAACGAAGUGAUGAUGCUCCCGGCCGCUCGUCGCAGCAGGCCGAAGGCGCUUGUCUCCAGACCCAACCACCAUCAUCACUGUUUGGCGCCCGGUUCUCUAAAACACACUCCAACACCACCUUUGUCGGUCUUUAUCACACUCUGAAACACUCAAUAGUGCCGCUUAGUACAACCCACUUGUUUUGGCACCACUUGGCAAUAAAAAUCACAGUGCACAAAUAAAUAAAAAAAAAAACAUAAUCUAUAAAAAGCAA